UGUGUUAAAAUGCCGACCUAUCGAAAGCUUUUGUCAUUCACAAGCUACGGCAACACUCAGCUGUGUCAGACAAGCAAAAAUCAAGCAGACAACAUUAUGGAAAACGUUAAUACAGAACACGAUAAAGAUUCAUCUGCAGCAAUGUCAGCAGUGACGUCGAAAACUAAAGUCUUGGCUAUUGGAGAUUCAAAGGAAAGUUCAACCGACAAUAAGCGUAUAUCAAAGUACGAUCGUUACAAUUUCCGGGAAGACUUUAAGUCCCAUUUGGGUUAUCUACUAGUAGGAACUCGUAGCCCCAUUGAUGUUGUCGACGAUUGGGAUAUUGUUUGGCGGUUUGGAGCUUCGGUGCAAGAUAAAGGCAAUCAUGUGAGGCGCUACAGCUUUCAUUGUGUUAAAGGAACUUCCUCGCCCCCUGGAACUAUAAUAAAUGGACCCGUGCUUUGUGGAAGAGAAGCUAUGGACGUAGUUAGAAAACAACUGAAGGAGGAGAAUUGGGUAUCGGAAAAUGCAAUAGAAACACCUUUGAAAACACAUCAUAGCAAAGAAUAUUACCACUGUGAUCAAUACAUUCAGCAUGUAGUGUCCGUUGCGCUGAAUUCACAAAGUAGUAAACUAUUUCUAUACUUGUUGCAUUUACACAGGGAUUAUGUGAAAAAUAAGAAACAAUAAAUGAAUAAUAUUUAGAUAAUUCUUUUUACAUAUUUUAAUUUAAGAGUAUUUAAGUAAGCACAAACAAUUGAAAUAUUUAAAAUAAAUGAGCUUUU